CAUUCGUUCAGCAGUAGUCGAUGAUAAGCGAGCUAUGGCGGACGUUUGCGCUCGGCUUUCACGAAAACUCCCGCGUAAAUAAUCGCCCGGACGAUAAUUAAAUUUGGUGUGAUUAAAAAACGCUCUAGCGUUGUGUUUUGUGUGAACUGCUUAGCGGAUUUAUUGUAUUUGUUGUAAUUUACCAUCGUAUGUGUCUGUGUGUGAAACGAGUUUUUUUUACUGUGCGAUAAAAACUUGGAUUUUUCUUCUAUCGACAUCUCGUGUGAUGGCGUAGCGUAAUGGAGGGGGAGUGUUCGGAAGGGGGGGAGGGCUGGCUGUUAGUGCGCGUGCACGUGCCCGAGCUGAACGUGCAGAAGAGCCUGCAGUUCCCCAGGGACCAGCUGGUGUGGGACGUCAAGCAGCAGUGUCUCGCCGCCUUGCCGAAGGUGGCCACUUGGUACAGGGAAUUGAAAGAGAGCUUCAACUAUGGUCUUUUUUGUCCCCCGGUCAACGGCAAGGCCGGCAAGUUUCUGGACGAGGAGCGGCGGCUGGGUGACUAUCCCUUCAACGGCCCCGUCGGUUAUCUUGAGCUAAAAUACAAGAGGCGCGUGUACAAGAUGCUGAAGCUGGAUGAGAAGACGUUGAAGGCGCUGCACUCGCGCGCCAAUCUGCGCCGGUUCCUGGAGCACGUGACGCACGCGCAGAUCGACAAGAUCACCAAGGCCUGCGCCAAGGGCUUGGACCCCAACUUCCACUGUCAGGAGACAGGAGAAACACCGUUAACAAUAGCAGCUGGGUUAAAAUCCCCAGCGAAGGUACUAAUAGCUUUGGUGAACGGUGGCGCCCUCCUCGACUACCGAACUAAAGAUGGCAGCACUGCGAUGCACAGAGCAGUCGAAAAGAACUCUCUAGAAGCUGUCAAAACGCUACUGGAAUUGGGAGCGUCACCGAACUAUAAGGAUGGAAAAGCGUUGACGCCUUUGUACCUAUCGGUGACGAAUAAAACGGAUCCACUGUUGUGUGAGACGCUGCUUCACGAUCAUGCCACGAUUGGUGCUACGGAUUUGCAAGGGUGGCAGGAAGUGCAUCAGGCGUGUCGUCACGGCCUGGUCCAACACCUGGACCACCUGCUGUUCUACGGCGCGGACAUGAACGCGCGCAACGCGUCCGGCAACACGCCGCUGCACGUGUGCGCGGUCAACGCGCAGGACUCGUGCGCGCGCCAGCUGCUCUUCCGCGGCUGCGACAAGGAGGCACUCAACUACGCAAACCAGACGCCCUAUCAGGUGGCAGUCAUAGCUGGUAAUUUGGAACUAGCCGAAGUUAUAAAAAAUUACAAAGCGGAAGAAGUUGUUCCCUUCCGUGGACCACCGAGGUACAACCCAAAGAGACGAUCAGCUGCGUGGGGGGGAUGGUGGAUGGCCGGGGACCGCUCAUCCUUGGCUUCUUCAACCAGAAUACCGGCAGAACUUGACGCUUUGCUGAGAAGACCUCCAGGAUCCACGGCGUCACCUUGCAGCCUCGAAAGACCAUUCUCAUCAGCGUCGUCAAGCAUCAGCGACGCCAGCCACCCGAGCCACGAAGACGAUGCCAGUAUCCUCACAGAUAAGAGCGCGGGCGACACCAGCGACAUCAUCAGCGACUCGAGCGGAGUGGGCACCAGCAAUUCUGACACCACGACCUGCUCGCUGCAGGCCGCGGCUGGCGCCACCGUGGUGUGUCUGCAGCCUUACGAGCCCACGGCCAAUGGACAUCUCAGGCUCAACCAGGGGGACAUUAUUGAAGUGACUGGCGCCACAGACGAUGGUUUCCUAGAAGGCCGGACGCGAGGCUCGGGCGCGUCAGGUCUGUUCCCGCCGCACUGUGUGCAAGAGGUUCGUCUCCGGCAAACUGCGCAUUUGCACCAGGUGUUAGCAGCAGGUCCUAUCCACCACUCCAGGGUGACCGGCAGACGGGAGAUGGCUCUUAGCAAAACGUAUAGCGCAACCGCGCCUAGGAUAAAGAAAACAUAUGGCAACAUGGAGAGCCGCACCGUGGUGCUGCACCGCGCGCGGCGCGGCUUCGGCUUCGUGCUGCGCGGCGCCAAGGCCUCCUCCCCGCUCAUGGAGCUGCGGCCCUCCGAGCGCUGCCCCGCGCUGCAGUACCUGGACGACGUGGACGCGGGCGGAGUCGCCGACCGGGCGGGGCUCAGGAAGGGGGACUUCCUUGUGGCGAUAAACGGCGAGGAUGUGUCCGCGGCGUCGCACGAGCACGUGGUGGAGCUGAUACGGAGUUCGGGCGCGCUCGUCUCCAUGACCGUCGUGUCUCUGCACAGCGCUGCCAGCCCGACGGAGGAGAGCCCGAGCUCGGUGCCCGCCAGCAAGUCGCAGAGCCAGCUGUCGAGCUCCAGGCCCUACGCCGCCACACUGCCCAGGAAGGCUGGAGGCCGCAGCCCCGCGCCGGCGCCCCCCCGCCGCGACCCGCGCACCACGCUGAGCGUGGGCCGCGCGAGAGCAAAGUCUAUGGUCGCCGGACUUGAAAACGGUGGCGAGAAAGAAGAAAGUUGUGAGCCGCUGGGCGUGGCGGGAAAAUCAUCGUCCGCUGAAUCAGUGCAACAACAUGCCGGCAGCAAUAACGGAACACCCGUAUCGGGCACGCCGGUGGCGCCGCGCACCGCGUCCAUCCGAGCGCGGCCCGCGUCCGGCCGCAUCACCGCCGCCGAGCUGGAGGAGCUGUUCCAGAGGCAAGCUGACACUGAUCAUAUUGGAGGGAACAGCGCCAUGAUGACCCGGUCAGCGUUCCAGGGCGGGGCCAACUCCCCCCCGUACUCCCCCGCGCGCCCGCAGCGGGUGUACGCCUCCGUCGCCGAGAUGAAGCGCUCCAGAGGGAAGUUGUGGAGCAAGUCGAUGUCGCUGGGCAGCGGCAGCGCGGGCGCGCUGCGGCGCGAGUUCCACUCCACGCCCGACCUGUGCGCCGACGCCGCGCCGCGUCCGCCGCGCACGCGCUCCAGCGAGGACGUGCACGGACCGGCGGCGAACCGGUGUCCUCCCCCCCUGCACCCACCGCCCCCUCCCCCCGCGGGCGGCGCGCCCCCCUCUUCGUUCCGCCCCUCCGACCCCGCCAAGCUGUACGCCGCGCCCCGCGACAUCGGCACCGUCGGCUACCGGCCUAGGCCAGAACCUAAUAAUCAGUUGCCGGCGCGCGGCCCGCUGCGCUCGUGGUCGGGCCCCGCGCGCGGCGAACACAACCCCUACGCGCAGCCCUUCAACAAGACCACGACCCGACAGAAUUCGACACCAGCGCCCCCUAUCCCCGAACCAGACUACAGCAUGUCGGAAUCGGACGAGGACCACGACAAGCCCAAGCCAGAACCUGUCCAAGCUGAAACGAGCGCGAACAGCAACACUAGCGGAAGCAGUUCAGGAUCGAGCUCGAUGCAACACUCGUUCUCAGUGGACGAGAUCCAGAAGAUCCGGACGCGGCUCAAGUCGUCCAAGUCGUGCGGGGACGAGCUGGCGGCGGGCGGCGACCGCGACGACGGCGACAACUCCUCCUCCGGCGUGUCCUCCGACCAGGAGGCGCAGGCCCGCCCCGCCCCGCGCCGGGACAAAGUCUCCUUCUGCAGCUCCGUCACCGUCAAGUCCUCCAACGACGUCAUCAGCACGGAGCCGGUGCACAGCUCGAGCGAGAGCCUGGCCGCGCCGCCGCCGAUGCAGCGCCACAACUCGCUGACGCGGAAGCGGGCGACGGCGGCGCUGCUGCGGGGGUCGCUGGCGGGGGCGGGGCGGGGCCGGUCGGCGGCGGAGCGGCUGGGAGUGGACGUGGCCAAGGCGCCGGGGCGGCGGCGCGCGGCCGUGUCGCUGGCGGAGCUGCCGCCGCCGCCGGAGGAGGCGGGCGCGGCGGCGGCGGACGCGGAGUUGCUGGCGCCGCCGCCGCAGUUCAGCGACCGCGUGCGCGUGGUCGCCGCCCUCCCCAAGCGACUCGCCCAUCUCCACUGAUCUUGUGACCUUUCGUAAUCGACUAAAUCAAACCAAAGAUUCAUAGUAUUUAUUGUCGAGGAAUUUGAUGCCGAUAGAAAUGAUUUUUAUACAUUCCCCCGCUGCAAUUGAUUGUACGUCAUAUGAAAUCUCUCCUAUGUGUCAAAAUGUUAUCGAUGAUUUCUCAUACUUCUAUUUCGUGCGAAUCACCCCUUAAGACGCAACCGAGUGCCAUUAUGUCUGUUUUUAUUAAAAUAUUUUUAUAUGUAUCUGUAAAUAUUGAGAGGAGCUACUUGGGAGUAGAGUUAAAAGAGUGGGCCGCACGCGUCUUCAUACAAAUGUGUUUCCGGCCAAACGAUGAUUAUGAUUAAAUUAUAUCUUAAAUUAUAUAUGAAUGAAAUUAUUUACUGAUAAAUCAACGACAUAUAUAUAUAUUAUAUUUACUCUUUGCUUGCAUUCGUCCAGUCGCCCGUGGGCCCGCUCUUUUGACGACUUUAGUUCGGCGCGCGCCGCCUCUAUGUGUUCUCAUACAAGACUAGUUUAUUUUAAGUCUAUUUUUCUUACUUUCCUUAUUAACAAUUUAAAAUUCUUAUAUUUAAAUGAGCAUGACAUUUUCAACAAUUACAUUUUCUAUAUCAUUUUUUUCAUAAUUUAUUAUUCCUUCUAAUAGAUAAGAAAAGUAAGAAAGAAUAGACAACGCAUUAGCAUUUCAUCCGUUCCAUUGUAAAUUUGAUACUAAUCGAACACAUCCGUGCAUCGUUAGCUAGUAUAGAUAAAUCACGACGUGGUAACACCAAUUAACUUUUAUAUUCCAUUGUCGAUCGAUUUUGUAUCUUAUUGUAAUGAUCUAAGACACGUUUUGCUGCCAAUUUUACUUUACAAUUAGGCGAGCAGACUGUACUUAUGGCCUCAAAUUAUUUAUAUUGGCGUGAUCAAUUUUUAAAUUAAUCUAUUUUAAAUUGAAAUAUAAAUAAGAUUUUUAAGACACUUCGAUAUUGGAUCUGCCAAUAUAGAAAUCACGUGUCGCCACAAAAAGGUCACUGCCUAUGCCUAACAACCGCUUAUAAGCAGCCUAAUUAGAUAGACAUAGUGAAACAUGAACCUUAUCUCAACUACAACUGAGUUCUUUUUGGCUUGCGUUCACCGACUCUAUAGCAAUACGAUUGGAAUAUCCAAUAUUUAUAACAUCAAUUUGAAUAAUUCCCUUCUAAUAUAAAAUUCUAGUAAAAUGAAGUACCUAGAGUCGAGUCAAUAGCGUCAAAUAGCGGUUGACUUUAGAGCCUUUAUCGUAUUAUUAGCACAAUGAAAUUAAUUUAUAUUAUCGAUUGUAUUAUUUUGUUAUAAUCGUCUUGUCAUUAUUUUAAGUUGUAUAAAUGUAACGUCUACUUAAGGCAUAGCUAGGUAGUGGUAAUUAUUAGGGCAAUAUCGAUUGAUCGUAGAUUACUGGCGAUUGAUUCUGAAGGCGAUUUAAAUCGAUUUCGCUGUAUUCACUACUUAUUUCGCUGAUGCAGACAUGAUAUUGGGUAGAGCGAGAGCGAUAUAUUGCAAUUUUGUAUUGUACCAUUGUGUUUUGGGUUUCAUUUGAAUCUCAGUAUCGAAUGUGUAACUACAACUUGGUAUACUUUCAAAUGAAAAUUAAAUGUUUCAUCACUAUA